UGAAGCGCCUGCGCAGUCGCUCUUCAUUAAGCAGCAGCCAUGGCAGGACAAGAGGAUCCAGUGCAGCGGGAGAUUCACCAGGACUGGGCGAACCGGGAGUACAUUGAGGUCAUCACGAGCAGCAUCAAGAAAAUCGCGGACUUUCUCAACUCCUUCGAUAUGUCUUGUCGUUCAAGACUCGCAACACUAAAUGAGAAGCUGACAGCUCUUGAACGGAGAAUAGAGUACAUUGAAGCACGGGUGACAAAAGGUGAGACCCUCACCUAGAACUGUGCCAGGCAGCUGCUGGGAAGUUGCUUUACAGAACACAGGCCUACGUGGGAAAGGCCCCAGCAGCCUUCAGCUCCGUCCUCUCUCCUUAAAGAGCAACGGAAAACAAACAAAAAAAUUCUUGUUUUUCUUUCUUCAAAAAUGUGGCCUUUGGGCUCUGCCAUGUACAUCUGGCAGUGUGAUGUGGCAUGUGGGGAGAAGUUUCAGGGGAACUCUUGAAAACAUUAGGCAUUUUACCUUUUCAGUAACAUUUUGUAGAACUACUUGUCAAUGUAUUUGAGGCAUUCAGAGCCAAAAGCCUGGGACUCGUGGUUAAGGUCCUCCCCACCCCUCUCUCAGACUCUCCUUAUAGCUCUCAUUGCCUCUGCAUUGAACCCAUAAACAGUCUCUGUCUCCUCACCACUUUUGUUGGGGGGUGGGAGACACACAUGCCCUGGCAAGGUGGCCGCCAGAGAAUGUGGUUGCCAACCCACCAGUUUUUUGUCCUUUUGGGGAGGUCAAGGCCAGGCCUCCACUUGGCUUGAAGAGACAUUUUCAGAGUUUUCUUUCUGUCACUUGGGGUGUCUUUACCUCUCACAUUUCCCUAAUAAACUCCUCAACUUUAUCUGACUGCUGUGAUUGUGGUGGGGAGAGGAGCUAGAGAUGGGGCUCGCCUAUUCUAUAGAAAUCUGAUGUAUGGGAUUAUUGUUCUAACAUAAAACUUUCAGGGGUAGCUGUUUGAUCAAAGCCUAGGUGGCUUACCAGCUGGAGCCCUCAUAUUUGGAGUUUGAGCUGACUAAUUCAUCCUGGGAAUUGUUUGGUCAUUCAGCAGACAUUUACUAAGUACUUACUGUGUAGGUACAUUAUGCUUCAAUAAAAGAUACAGUGUUGAAUCAGA